UGUUUUUUGUCCCCUUUCAGACUGUUUUGGUCUUUUCGCUGUUAGCAACAGAAAGAAACCGAGAUAGCCGUAAACCCAAUUUUGAGAUAAUCGAAUUUUUUUGUUAGGAUUACGUAACACAUUGACAAGAGGUGUAACACCCAUGUCUGCUUUGGAAGAGUGAUUUGCGCGUGUUGUCUUUUUAAAAUAUUGUUUAUUUCUGUUUUAAUAGGAAUUGUACAGAUUGCUAAUUUGGCUAGGAGCUGUUAGCCAGCUAGCUUCUUAGCAUAGCAUCUUCCUCAAGAGGCACGUUGACAUUAGCCUGCAAGCUAGCCAGAUCUAAGGAUUGCUAACGUUAGCAAACUGUCACACAACCAUACACCGCCUCGUCGUCAAGAAUUUGCGGUGUGAAGCUGGUCGUUUUGAGACGCCGUCUUUUAUGGGAUCACAAUGUCAAUGAAGGCCGGUGGAAAUCGCAGCAAGCCCGGCGGUGGCAACACCGCUGGUGCCGCCGCCUCCGGUGCCGGAGGAAGCGGCGGGGGAAGACAGAAUCUGGGCAGGGGAAGACACAGUGGUAAAGGCCCUGCAGCAGUCAUUUUCAAUGGUGUAUAUGCAAAUAUGAGGAUGGUCCAUGUCUUGACAUCAGUGGUGGGGGCCAAGUGUGAGCUGAAAGUGAAAAACGGAGCAGUCUAUGAAGGAGUAUUUAAGACAUAUGGUCCAGAGUGUGACCUGGUGUUGGAUGCAGCCCACAGAAAGAGCCCAGAGCCGAGCAUAGCCCCCAGGAAAGAGGAUAUUGUGGAGAGCAUCAUUUUCAAGGCCUCGGAUGUUGUAGUGGUGACCUUCAAAGAUGUGGACCUGAAUUUCGCCAGGAAAGUCUCUUCUGACACAGACAACUUCACAGAUGCAGCAGUGAGCAGCAGGAUCAAUGGCGAGCACAAAGAGAAAGAUCUAGAGCCCUGGGAUGGAGGAGAGACCCACAACUCUGACAGCCUCGAGUCUCUGGAUACAGACGUGUCAAACGGGUGGGACCCCAAUGACAUGUUCAAGUACAAUGAGGAGAAGUAUGGAGUCUUGUCUACAUAUGACAGCAGCCUGUCAACAUACACGGUCCCCCUUGAGCGGGACAACUCAGAAGAGUUCCUCAAGAGGGAGGCACGUGCCGCCCAGCUGGCAGAGGAGAUCGAGGCCAGUGCCACGUAUAAGGCCCGCGUGGCCCUGGAAAACGAUGAACGCUCUGAGGAGGAGAAGUAUACAGCUGUGGUGCGAGGGGAGAGGGAGACUCACACGCUCAGCAGAGAGAACAAGUACAUUCCUCCAGGUCAGAGGAACAGGGAGGCGAUGUCAUGGGGACCGGGACGUCAGAAUUCACCUCGUCUGUCUCAGAGCUCAGCUGGACCCUCGGCUCCUCGACCAGGACCUCACGACUACAGCCCCAGCUCCGGGGCCGACCAGAGAGUGGUUAACGGAGGUUCAUCCCAUUGGCCCUCACCCUGUCCGUCUCCCUCCUCCCGCCCCCCCUCUCGUUACCAGUCUGGCCCCUCCUCCCUGCCUCCUCGGGCGACAACGCCCACCAGGCCACCCUCCAGACCCCCCUCUCGACCUUCCAGGCCUCCCUCUCAUUCAUCCCACCCCUCCUAUCCCUCCUCCUCCUCAUCCUCCUUUUCCCACCAUGGGCCCACGUCGCCAGCCUCCACUCUGCCCAAACGCAUGUCUUCAGAAGGUCCACCCAGGAUGUCUCCAAAGUCCCAGCGGACGCCUCGUGCUCAUAGAGUGCCACCCUGCCGGACCACUGGAGUCCCUCCAGGAGUGGACUUAAUUUCCCACAGUGCCCCUGGAGAGGUCCCAGUGACUCCACCGACCAGGAGCAGCUCCUCUGGAGGGACAUGGUCUUCAGUGGUUAGUGGAGCCCAUAGACCUCGCUCCCCCCGACAGAACAGUAUGGGCGGAGCCUCCACUGGCUCCUCCUCUCUCCCAUCACCCCAGACAGGAACAGCUCCUGUGGAAACUGCUGCUACACCAGCAUCAGCUCCCUCUCCCACUGCUGCUAGCCCCGCCCCCAACAUGGUCACUUCUCCACCAGGAGAUGCAAAAGAGUGUCGUGUCCAGGAGACAAGACAAACAUCCCCUACGGCAAACAAGGAGAACAUCAAGCCCUUGGACAGCUCACCUAGUAUCACCAGACCAGUCUGUAAAGGACCCCCUUCUAUGGCACCAGACCACAGAAAACAAAUAGAUAAUUUAAAGAAAUUUAGUGUAGAUUUUAGGUUGCAGUCUAGUUCAAACUCAGAGGCUGCCUUUGACCAGAUGAUGACCAAGCCUCCCAGAGAUCCAGCAGACAAGCCUAAAGACCUUCCCCUGGACAAAGCCUCCACAGCGGGGCGGGAGGGCGCAGAAGAUGGUGUUGUAGUAAUAACUGGUGGCACCCCCGGUGGUGCCCCAACACCAUCCACCACCGCCACAAACACCAGUAAGCCUGGCAGCCCCGCUGCACUGUCCCCGUCUCCUUCAGCCCCAGACCAGAAGAGAGCGGGGCUUGAUGUGACAUCACAGGGAGUUCAGACGACGGCCACUUCCGCAUUUAGUGGACCCAAGCAUGAAGACAAGGAUGAGAAAAAGGAACCAGUACAAGAUCAAGUGAGAAAAUCAACCCUGAACCCAAAUGCGAAUGAGUUCAAGCCCAGGUUCAAUGCGCAGCCCAAACCAGCUAACACCCCGACGCCCCCGCGGCCUCAGGGCCAGCCCAGCCCCUCCAUCGUGGUCCAGCAGCCCCCGGCUGUGUACGGUCAGACAGUCUGCUUCCCACAGAUGUAUCCCCUCACACCAGUCAGCCCUGGAGUGCAGAAAAGCAUAAUAUGGAAGUCUCCAGCUAUGUACCAGGUUCAGAUGCCUCAUAUGACAGUCAGCCAGUCUAAACCCUAUAGACCAGGUAAAGUACCAAACAUGCCCCAGCAGAGGUCAGACCAGCACCACCCACCAGGCACGCCCACCAUGAUGCACCCAGCCACGGCAGCGGGACCACCUAUUGUAGCACAGAGCCCCGCCUACUCUGCCCAGUACUUUACCUGCAGCCCGCAGCAGUUCACCAGUCAGCCGCUGGUCCAGCAGAUGACGCAUUACCAGUCACAGAACAAGAUUUGUUGGCCAGGGCAUCUCUACAGCACCACAGCGCAGCAUGUGUUCAGUCCGGUAAUGCAGGGCAGUGCCAGGAUGAUGGCACCUCCCACGCAUGGGCAACCCAGCCUAGUCUCUUCCUCGACUACACAGUACCCAGAGCAGACACACACCAUGUAUGUGUCUCAAGGGCCAAUGCCUCAGCAGUAUCCCCACCCAAGCGCCACCUUGCACCCUCACCCACAGCACCCCCAGCCUUCUGCCACGCCUACAGGCCAAGCCCAGCAGGGUGGGCCCCCACAACACGGGGGUCCUCCUAGCCACCCAGCUGCCAGCCCAGUCCAGCACCAACAGCACCAGCAGGCAGCGGCAGCUGCAGCAGCAGCCCAGGCCCUCCACCUGGCCAACCAGCCCCCUCAGCAGCAGAUGUACUCCGCUUUGGCCCCCACGCCCCCCUCUAUGACCCCGGGGCCCAACCCUCAGAGUCCCCAGGCAUCGUUCCCCUCUGCCCAGCAGACGGUCUAUAUCCACCCGCAGCAGGUGCAGCACGGCUACAACCACAACCACAUGGCACACGUGCAGCAGGCCCAUAUGCAGUCCGGUAUGGUGCCGUCUCACCACCCGGCGCCCACCCACCCCACCAUGAUGCUGAUGGCUACCCAGGGUCCUCCAGGGGGUCCGCAGCCACCCAUGCCCCAGACUGCCCUCAACCCCAUCCCUGUUUCCUCCACUACACAUUUCUCCUACCUGGCACAUCCACAAGUGCAACCUCAUCAUCAGCAGCAGCUGUAGAUAGAGGGCGCCAUCGAGCUGAGGGACCCGCUCUGUGUCGCGCUUCUCAACCAGAGCCUUCAUAACCAGGCGACGGAGAGAGCGAGAGCCCUCCCUCUCCUCUCCUUCCUCGUCCUCACCAGACAUGCUACACAUCGGCUUUUCUCUUCCCCCCUUCCUUCCCCCCCUCCUUCCCUCUCUCCCUCCCUCCCUCCCUCCCAGACUAGGCAAUAAGAGAAUGUUAACAGGUUGAUGCAGUGACAUGUUUUAAAGAUCUAGAGUUUUAACAGGCGAGACUCCUCCUUAUCCAUCCCCUGUUUACAUGCAGACAGCUGCAAACACACACAGAUGACGAACACAGAAAACAAGACACACACACACACACACACACACACACACACACACACACACACACACACACGGUCAGGGGUCCCAAAUUGCAAUUUGAGUCAGCUUGCCAAGUAAGACGUGAGCGAGAGAAUGAGAGCAACUAAUCAGUGAGAGUGAAAGAAAAAUUCAACUGGAACUUGUAUUUUGUCUGCACCUUGUUAUGAAAAAAGAAAUCUUCCAACCUUUAGACAGUAUUAAUCUUACUGUUUAUUGCUGCUGCUGCUGUGUGCUGCGUUUGUUCCCAGACUACAUGAAAGGUUUCUAACCAAACUAAAAAAACAAACGAAACAUGACAAGAAGCUUCCUGUGAGAUGAACACGUAUCGGCAGCCAGAGGACAGGAGAAAAACGUUAUUUAUGAAAUUAUAAUGGCUGAGGUGAUCAGAUCCCGCGUCUCACCUGACCCUUAUGUAACUUUUAAGUUAAAACUUUUACUUUGUAGAUAAUAUAAAUAAUUUAAAAAAUGAGCAAAAAAAUUUAAAAACAAUAAAAAAGUUUUAAAAACUGA